GCUCAGGGAGGCGGCUUUUUCCUCCUCUCAUCAUCUCUCCCUCCUCCUUUACACCUUGAUGAGGGCUCCUCUAUCCAGGAGCGUUGCUCAUUUCUGAGGAGGACAAUGGAGCUGAGAAUUUAGGACACAUGGCAGAGUUGGCGAGUUGAAAGGGAUGGCAGACAGGGGCUGCUUAGUAGCUCACCAGAGCUGCCGUCAUGGCAGCCUCCCAUAGCAAGGAAAACUGCAAGGUCCUGCUCAUGUUUCAACAGCCAAGCUUCAAGCUGUAACCCCACCAGGUGGUUCUCUCUCCAGCAUCAUGCUGCGCCUCGCCCUGCUCCUCCAUCUACUGCUCCUCUCCUUCACUCCUGCAGGUGCUUCGGUUCAUGAGGAGUUUGCAGAUCUCUGUGGAGACGGAUCUGUAGGUUUCGGACCAGUGUUUGAGAAGCAGCCAGUGGAUACGAUCUACCCUGAGGAGUCACUGGAGGCCAAUAUUACCAUGAACUGCCAGGCUAAAGCUAAUCCACCUGCCACAUACAAAUGGAUGCUAAAUGACAGAGAAAUUGACAUCGGAGCAGAAAGAAACCACUACAGUUUAAUUGAGGGCAACUUGGUUAUCAGCAACCCAGUUAAAAGCAAACAUGUAGGCAAAUACUCCUGUUCGGCCACCAACAUGUACGGCACUGUCAUCAGCAAAGAAGCGUCCGUCCAGUUUGGCUAUUUGGAUCUUUUCUCAACGGAUGAAAGGACCACAGUUUACGUCAAAGAGGGUCAGGGUGCAGUCGUGCUCUGUGCUCCUCCACCACAUUUCCCAGCCAAGCUGUCCUUCAGAUGGAUCUUCAAUGAGUUCCCUACCUUCAUCCAACUGGACAACCGCCGCUAUGUCUGCCAGACAACAGGAAACCUAUACAUCUCCAAGGUGGAGUCGUCCGACAGAGGCAACUACUCCUGCAUCGCAUCAAGCCACUCGAUUUCGAAGAGUGUUUUCUCCAACUACAUCCCGCUGCAGCCCCUGACUGAACGUCCCAACAGGAAGUACCCCGCUGACCUCCGAGUGAAGUUCCCAGACACCACUGCUUUAGUUGGACAGAACGUCACCCUGGAGUGCUUUGCUUUGGGGAAUCCUGUACCUGAGAUUCACUGGAGAAAGAUGGAAGGACAUUUACCACAAAAUCAUGACCUGCGGAUGUCAGGCUCUCAGCUGCAUCUGUACAAUAUCCAGGUAAAAGACAGCGGGAUUUACAAAUGUGAAGCAAUCAACUCCAAAGGAAAAGACUACCACUCUGCAAAUGUAUUUGUUGAAGCUUAUCCUGAAUGGGUGGAGCACAUCACGAGCAAAAAGAAGGAACUCCAUAGUAACUAUACCAUGUCAUGUAAGGCCAGUGGCAAACCGGAACCUAAAAUCCGUUGGCUAAAAAAUGGUCAUCAGAUUGAUGAAAAAGACGUCCACUUUAGGAACUUGACGUUGGAUAAUUCUGGGAUGUACCAGUGCAUAGCAGAGAAUCGUCAUGGAGUUAUUUAUGCCAAUGCAGAGCUGCAGGUGUUUGCUUGUCCUCCCACUUUUGAGCACAAUCCAAUAAAGACAGUGAUGGUGGCCAAAAACAGUCGGGCUGUGCUUGAGUGUCGACCGUACGCAGCUCCAACGCCUAGCUUCACCUGGAGCAAAGGAACUGAGCUGCUCUCCAACUCAACCAGGGUGUUCAUCUGGGAGGAUGGAAGCUUAGAGAUCCGGGAUGUGACACAGUCAGACGAAGGCCAGUACACAUGCUUUGCCAGCAAUAUCUUGGGCAAGGCUAGCAGCGUGGUCUCGCUGUCGGUUACAGACUCCACAAGGAUCACCUUGCCACCCUCUGAUGCUGACGUUAAUGCCGGGGAGGAUGCCUGGAUGCGGUGUGCAGCAUCACAUGACCCGUCCCUAGACAUAACCUUCAUCUGGUCCCUUGACGGACGAGUCAUUGACUUGGACAAGGGCAGGCUGCAUUAUGAACGGGUUCCAAAUGGAAAUUCAAGUGAUGAGCUGAAGAUCAAAAACGCUCAGGUCAAGCAUGCAGGAGUUUAUAGCUGUACCGCGCAGACCACAGCUGACAACGUCACUGCCUCUGCCCGUUUGAUUGUGAGGGGUCCCCCUGGAGCCCCCGGUGGGGUUCGAGUAAUAAACAAGACGGAAACGACUGUGACGCUGCAGUGGAGCCGGGGAGCAGACAACCACAAAUCGAUCUCCAAAUACACCAUCCAGUACAGGGACGAUUUCUUAAAGGAUGCUUGGAGCAACGCCAGGACGUCUCCUGCUGAUGUGGAAGGAAAUGCAGAAAUGGCCACUGUUGUUAACUUAUUCCCCUGGACAGAGUAUGAGUUCAGGGUCAUCGCUGCCAAUAUCCUUGGGUCAGGAGACCCUAGCAAACCAUCACCUAAAGAAAGGACACUGGACGCAGUUCCUGUGGUGGCGCCGUCAGAGGUCGGUGGGGGUGGAGGGACUGGUAGGGAGCUGAUCAUCACAUGGACGCCAGUGCAGCCAAAGUACCACUAUGGCCCCAACUUUGGCUACAUUUUAGCCUUCAAACCGCAAGACCAAAAAGAAUGGAAAAGGAUGAAAGUAACUGAUUCUGAAAGCAAGCGGUACAUCCACAAAGACCCCAGCAUGCCUCCAGUGACACCAUUCGACGUCAAAAUCAAAGCUUUCAACAGCAAAGGAGAGGGACCCUUUAGCAUAAAAGCUGUGGUUUACUCUGGACAGGAUGCUCCAUCUGAGGCUCCUGCUGUGAUUGAAGGCAGAGCGUUGUCUGCCUCAACAGCUAUAAUAUCCUGGAAGCAUGUUGCUAAUGUAGAAGGUUAUAAGGUAAAGUUCUGGACAAAUCAGCAGGACAGAGAAGGAAGAGCACAAGAAGUCGCUGUGUCAGGCAUGGAGAACCACACCAGAAUUGAGGGUUUAAAACCAAACUCUGAGUACAACAUUGAGGUUCGAGGCUACAACUCUGCAGGAUACGGGCCUCCCAGUAAACACCUGAAAGUCCAAACCAAGAAACCCCCUCCAGAUCGACCUCCAAAAAUAAUAGGUACAAAGGUGAAGGGUCAAUUCAUAAAUAUUGCCUGGGAAGCCGUGGAACCGCUAUCAAAUGAGUCAAAAGUAGACGGUUACAGAGUGCUGUUCAAACCGAAAGGUAACCAGACCAGCACUCUGUACACAACCAACAAGCGCUCCAUAGACAUCCCCCUCCUUGCUGAUAAGGAGUUUGUGGUGGAGAUUCGGGCGCACACAGAUGGAGGAGUUGGAGCCGUGUCACAAAUCGGCUUCCCAGAUAACAAUUAUCCAGCUUCAGGUGCUGCUUCUAAGGGUGGAGGUGUCACGGUUAAUCAGUCCUUCUGCAUUUUCUCCCUGUCUCUGGCGCUCCUCUUCUUCCUGAAUCUCUGAAUGUAGCACCAUCUUUGUCUUUAGUGUCUAUGAAGGAUACUCCUAUGGUUAUUAAGGCUCACGCCUACAGGGAAUUGGAACUCUUUCCACAAUAUUUUGGUUCCUCCCAGUCAUUGAGGUUGUCACUUUCCAGCUCUUCUCCUGUGGAUGUGUUUGUGGAAGUAGACACUGAAGAAGUGGAAAUGGAUAAAGAUAUCCCUCAUUUAUCUACAAAACGCCUCUUUGAAGGAGUGUUGAAGGAGUUCUGUAUACUCAAUAUGCCUUAUGUAAAUGAUUACCCUUGUCCUUCACAGUAGCUUGACUUUGUUGGAUUAUGAUUGGAAGCGUAACGUUUAUUCUCCGUAAAUGUUUAAAUCAGACCCUCUAGAUUUAAAGAAACUUUAUUUUCAAAAGUGAAGGCUUUGUUUUUAGCUCAGACGUUUUGAAAAAUCCAAUUUCAGUGCAUUCCAUAGUAUAAGGAUCUGUGAAGGACAAGAGUAUCAAUUAAAAAAAAGACACCUGUUUUCUUUACUUGCAAUUCAAUGUUUUUUUUUUUUUUAUUAUCAAGCAAACCCUUUUUUUUUUAACCAGGAUACAGUCAAAGCAAAUCUCAACCUGUUGCAUACUUGAUUUUAGGACAAGCACAGAAACAAAUAGUAGUUUAUGUCAUUCUCAAAUGACACAUACAGUAACAGAUUCUGUUUUUUGUACAAUAAACUACAGAGAGGGAAAUUGGCUCAUAACUUUUGAUUUUGUUCUAAGCGCUUUAGAACUGUGAGCAUGUUGAUCUAGCUACUUGAGAUCUUAAGGCCAAACGACCUACACUAGAAACAUAAAAGACUUGUUAAAUAAUUUCAGCUUUCAGGUCCGCUAACAACAGUUUAAUUUCUGCUGGUCACAGUUUCACUAAAGCUGCGUUCCAAAAAGAGCUAAAGUGAGUAUAAAACAAACCUGAAUUCGAAAUGCUUUGUUUUGACUGUAUCAUUAGGACCUCAGUGGUAUCUGUUGGUGCUCUGUAAGGACUGUUGGCCUUUGAUUUGUUGCAAACAAUUUCCUUUCAUUGCUGGCAUUUGUGUGAGAAUCACAGCGACAGCAGGGACUUAAGUCCUUAAGUAAUUGUGCAAUGACAUAUACAUCUGUGGCUGCAUCAUAUUUUCUAACAAAGCAUUUUUUUCUGUCCUUUAACAGCAGUCUUAUGUAUACAUAUAUUUAUAAAUACAUAUAUAUAUAUAUCAUUUUACAUUAGUUAAUAUAAGCUAUUGGUAAUCCAAACCAUUCAUCAGUGGUAAGAGCUCAUUACAAAGCUUGCAAUGCUUUUUCAAAUGUAUUUUUUAACUUGUUUUUAGAUGCAUUAAUCUAUCGUUAUCAUUGUUGUUUUCCAUUGUUCUAUUUGUAAAUUUCAAACCAUCUUUGGUCAGACAGUUUGAAAGCCUAUUUCCCUCAAAUGAUGGAAGAAAUGCUCUUUUUUUGUGUUUCUUUGGGUCAUUCUUUUGUAUGAUUGAUGCUGGUAAUACUUCUUCAUCGUGACAGUAUCGAUGUCCACCACAAAGUGCUUUUCCCCCCAAUUUCCUCCAUGCCAUAUAUCAUAGAAAGUGUUGCCAAAUGCAUGAAUGCCUUGAACUCUGACCGGAGCGGGUUCGACAUAAUAACAUGCAUGAGAUCAGAGGCGCAGUGGUACAUUGCUUUGCGACAGACCAACACCUACCGCCAUUUCGAAGACUUUUAUGAAACACAUUCCUUCCUUGAGUGACAUCCCUUUGCGUCAGUUAGAUCUUAGACCAACAUGUGCAUUAGCUAAAAGGCCUCAUUUGGCCCAGUUAUCUUACAAAACGGUGAGUCUUUUUGAAAAGGGAGAAAAUCUAAAACUGACUAAAAGGAAUUCCACUCAUUUGAAUACAGAAUUGGUCCUUCAGCCAUGAUGCUUAGGAUCUGAUGGUGUUGGGGCUGGCAACGGCAGCACAACUGGCUCUUCUGGAAUUGAGUGCUUUUGCUGGAUUUGAAUGGCAAAACAUGAGGGAAGAAACUAAAACGUUUUAUUGGCUGGACAAGAAAUAAUAAAAGUGUAGUUAACUAUUA